AUCUCUUUUCUCUUCUUCUUCUACUGAUUCUCCACACUCCUUAAUGGAGUAUUAUCAACCGGUGGAGAUUAACGUUCUCUCAGCUCAAGAUCUCGGCUCCGUCAAUCUUUUGUUCAGACCAACAGUCUAUGUUUCCGUCUCGGUCACACGUGGUUCACGUGACAAGCAAGUCACUCCAGCUGCAGCAUGCGGUAAGAAACUCUUACGGUGGAAUUACCGUAUGAAAUUCUAUAUAGAAGAUGACAAGGUUCGAAGGAAUGAGUCAGUGUUUGUGUUUCAAAUCAAGUGUAAGAGAUUUUUCGGGUCUGACCAAGUCAUUGGGAAACUUUUUGUACCGGUAAAGCAAUUGCGUCACUUGAAUGAAGAGAAGACGAUAACCGAGCAUAUCAAUAUAAAUUAUCAGGUCAUAACCGAGACCGGAAAACCAAAGGGUAGUAUAUGUUUAGGGUUUAGAUUUGGAUGUAUUUUUAGGGGACAAAUCAGAGGUUAUGAUUCGGAUACUGCUAGGGUUUAUGAUGGUUGUAGAUUAGGAGUUUGGGGAAAUCUUAGACAUGAACCAUCAGCUCCUUGUGAAGACGAUAUCUAUGCUUAGAAAUUGAUUAAUUCGAUUACUUUCGAAUAAUUUUCAUAUCUUCUUAUUGUUAUACUGUAUUAUUUUAUAUGUAUAAUAAAGGAUAGAUUUCUCGUUACCCUUUGCGUAUGGUGUCAUUGGUACGUUGACUUAUAUUAUCUUUUGUAUUAUAGUACUGUUGGAUUUUGUAGGUUAAUUAAUAGACUGAAACGUUUCUU